AUGAAUCGCUGUGUAGUUGGUAUUUUGAUUUCGCUAAUUUUUGUACUUGAAGUAAAGACGACUGAGCAUGAUAUUGAUCCAAAUGGAUAUAUUCUUUUUUGUUUGUGUAUGGGUCGCUUUGGUAAUCAAGCUGAACAUUUUCUGGGUGGGUUAGCAUUUUCAAAGUUAAUUAAUCGAACAUUAAUUGUACCACCUUGGCGUACUUAUAAGAAUAUUCCAUAUUCUGAAUGGUUUCAAAUCGAAUCUCUUCGUUCUUAUCAUCGUGUAAUUGAUGCUGAAGAUUUUAUGCAAAAUCUUGCUCCUCGUGUAUGGCCGAAAGAAUCUCGUAUUGGUUUUUGCUGGUUACCAGCUGAUAGACCUAAAUCAGAGUGUCAAAUGAAAGACGGAAAUCCAUUUGAAUCCUUUUGGAAUGAGUUAAAUGUUAGUUUUGUUGAUACAACUACAUAUCAGCUUCAUUAUGAUGAAUAUUCAGUCAAUCAAUGGCAAAAAUUAUUUCCCGCUGAUCGUUAUCCUGUUUUAGCGUUGAAAGGAGCACCAGCUUCAUAUCCAAUGUUAGCUGAACAUCGUCAAUUACAAAAGUAUAUGACUUGGUCCGAGCAAAUUAUGGAUGAAGUUCGACAACAUCAAAAAAAAUUAUUCAAUAACGAACCAUAUAUUGGAAUUCAUUUAAGAAAUGAUAUUGAUUGGGAACGAUCGUGUACCAAUGUUGAAUCUUACAAAACUCGUUCAUAUAUGGCUUCGCCUCAAUGUCUCGAUCUGUUAGCAUCUACAAAUUCAUAUGUUACUCAAAAAAUAUGUUACCCAUCCGAUGAAGAAAUACUUCGUUUAUUAAAAAAUAUUGUUCUUCGUACACGUAUACGCAAUAUUUAUGUUGCAACAGAUAAACGGCCAAUGAUUAAAGAAAUCGAAGAGCAUCUAGCUGCGCAACGAGUAUAUGUGGCACAUCUUGACCCUUGGCUACCUGUUAUUGAUGUUGCAAUGUUGGCUCAUGCAGAUUAUUUUAUUGGAAAUUGUGUUUCAUCAUUUACGUCAGUUAUUAAGAGAGCAAGAGAUGCACACGAUUUACCAACUGCUUUUUGGGGUUUUAGCAAUUGA